AAGGUUCGCGGAUGUGCGCGCGUCGCGAAGCAGCUAGGAUUCGGCUGGGUAUGGAACGAUACAUGCUGCAUAGACAAGCGGAACAAUGCAGAACUCGAAGAGGCGAUCAACUCCAUGUAUAGAUGGUACGCAGAGGCGGCGAUCUGUCUCGCCUACCUACACGACGUGCCGGAUGGCUGCGCCGUCAAGACACAACCCUCGGCCUUUCGUGGCAGUAACUGGUUCAAGAGAGGGUGGUCGCUCCAGGAACUUCUUGCACCUCGUUGUCUCGUCUUCCUGUCCAACCAGUGGAAGUAUCUUGGCACCAAGGCGGGGCUAGCCGACCUACUCCAGGAGAUCACUGCCAUCGACACUGACGUCUUGACGUUCCGUCUCCCUAUCCAGAGAGUCAGUAUCGCUCGUCGCAUGUCGUGGGCAUCGAAUCGCAAGACUUCGAAGACUGAAGACGAGGCGUACUCCCUUCUCGGCAUCUUCAACAUCUCGAUGGCCACAAUCUAUGGGGAGGGAAACUAUGCGUUUCGGCGACUGCAGAUGAAGAUCAUGAAGUGUACUGCCGAUCACACACUCUUCGCCUGG